AUGCUGAUGAUCCAGAAAUGGUCUCACUGGCAACUUUGGCUGCCGUACAUCAUCACGUACGCUGUCGAAUGGCCGCUGCUGACAUACAUCCUGCGGCAUCCCAGCAUGCAUCUCUAUCUGGCGGUUCUCGGCUUUGACUCGAUUAUCUCUCUGGUGGCUGCCGAUCCGAUGAUGCUGUCAUGGUUCGAGUCAGAUGUGAACCACGACAACACCAGCUACCAGGUGCUCUAUUUCGACAUGAUCUAUGUGCUCAUGUCAGUCAUGUACUAUCCGACAGUGAAUCACCUUACCAUUUUCACCCUGGGAAGGACCCUGGUCUUUGCCAUGUACCUUGCUAUUGUGUUGUAUACCUGCGCGAAUGUGAACGAGGUAGCAUUCGCACAUCGCAUCUUUGACAUUAGCGUCGGUGUCGUUGCCAUGUUGAUGGUGAACGCCAUCGCCAUUGCACAGAAGAAGCACCUCUGGAAGCUGCAGAGGCACCAAGCAGAGGUCGAGCUCAAGCGUCGUUACGUAUGCUCCAAGAUGUUCAAUGUUUUCAAUUUCAUGGUUCCGCCCUUCUACGUGAAGCGCCUCCUACGCUACCCCGGCAUGGUCAUUGCAAACCGCGUCGAUCGGGUCUCAAUCCUCUUCAUCGUCCUUUUGGACUUCGACAAGUACUCGCAAAGCAUGAGUCCUUCGAAGCUUUUCCACUUCUUGAACGAAACAUUUACCAACAUCGACGUGAUUUGCGCACAGCAUGGCGUGACAAAGAUCGAGACUGUCGGCGAGGAAUACGUUUGUGGGGUUGGCGUUUCGCCAACCGAUCAGGACGAGGACCACGUGAACGGCCAUAGCAGCUGCCUGGCCCGGCUCCUGGGCGUGGCUUUCGAGCUUCAGACGAUGUCCGCGUCCCAGGACACGCCUCUCGUCAAGAUGGGCAUUCACACCGGGCCGGUGGUUGCUGGGGUCGUUGGCCGCAGGCUUCCUCGCUUCCGACUUUUUGGGGACACAAUGAACAUGGCCGCAAGGAUGAUGCAGAAAAGCUUGCCGGGCGAGGUGCAGUUCGGCGAGGAGACGAAGCAGCACCUGCCUCAGUGGGCUAUAGCACAGUCUCGCGGCUGGGUCGAGAUGAAGGGCAAAGGACAGGUGAUGACCUACCUUCUGAGAGGGUCAGCACCCGAGGAACUCUCGAGCUUAAGUUGGGUGCGGGAGACCAGCGACCACAUCAGCAUGCCGACCACGCUGCUGGUGCCCAGCUUCCCCAACGGCAACCAGCUCCCCUCGCCUCGGAGGUUGGGUGCCCGGGAGGGCAACCGAGCAAAGACGGACGGACAAGCCAUGAGCAGGCACGAAGCGGAGCGAAGGGAUCGCUCCCAAUCCGAGCAGCCCAUGCGGCGCUCCACGGUGCGCCUGGCGACGCCCAGCUCCCCAAGCCCACAUCGACUGGCAGGCAUCAUGAAGGAGCUGCUGGGAAUGAAGUCAGAGGCCGAUGCCGACACCGACCUCGACGCCGAUUUCGCCGAGGAUAUCCUAUCCGUGGCCCACGAGGUUACGAAGCAGCAAAGCAGUCAGAUGAGUAUGGGCGGCGUCACCUGGGCGGAUGUUUGCAAGAGGGUACAGUGGCUCUGGCACCCCAGGAGAUGGGCUGCUCCCCGCGGAUUCCCGGACAGUGAAGACGAGGAGUUCACCCGGUGGUUCCACCUGCAUUACAGCUGCGGUCGCUUGUUGAAGGAGUUGCGGAAGCAGGCCUUCUCCUCUCUUCUCGCGACCAUCGGCACAACAAUCUAUUCGCUCUUCAAGCUGCACAGUUUUCGGGAUGGCGAUGUCGGGCAGACGCUGAAGGACAUCAUGUGGUUUCUGAUGUGCCGCCUAGCCAUGUGGCUCCUCAUCCUCGUCUUCUGGUUUUUUGCCGCCAGGCCUUGUUCGGGGUGCUUUGCGGAACUUGCCGCGGCCAUGGGUUCUGCCAUGUGCGGCCAGUAUGAGGAGGUCCCCGUCGAGACUGUCUUGCGAAUGGUGGGGCCCGUCAAAUGCAACUGGGACAGCUUCGGGUUGGAGCUGUUUAGGAAGCACGAGGCUACGACGGGCUCGCUGAACCUGCACCGCUUCUCGCUCAGCGACAUCCAAAUGAGUGGGGCGGGUUGGGCUAAUCUUGGUUUCGAUGGCAAGCAUUCUGUCGUCAUCAAAGCUAUCAUUGACGUGCACAAGGAGGAAGACGAUGAAGCGCAAGUGAUCGUGAAAGACAUAGGCAGUGGGGAGAUCAACUUAUGCACCAAUGAGUCUCGCUUUGAAGUGGCAGCGUGGGCCAAGAUGUCUGAGAACAAGGAGGCCAUCGAGAAAGGGAUCUCUCAAAAGCUGGCCGAGAUGAUCAACCAUCGGAUCGCCGAGCACCUCGCUGAGAGUGACAACGAGUCCUCCAAAACGGAGGACUGA